AUGGACGCCGCCCCGUCGUCUCCCUCCCUCGACUGCCGCACGGACGCGACCAAGGCGUCGGGCGGGCCCAUCUGCUGGUGCCAGGUGUCUGAGCACGGCAUCAACUUCACGGUCAACGAGGCCAAGAGCCUGCAGGCGAGCGCAUACAUGAAGCGCGGCCUGUUCCACGAGUGGCAGCUGGCGGAGGCGCACUACUCCACCAGCGAGGAGCACGAGCCGCUCCAGUUUGGUCUCAACCUCUCGACGCUCGUCGAGUGCCUGCGCAUCCUCGGCGGGGGCGGCUCAGGCGCCACGCCCCUCUUGCCGGGGCCCUGUCCCUGCUUGGCCGGUGAGUGCAUGCUGCACACCAUGGACGUCGAGCCCGCCGAGCCCAUCCUCAUGGACAGCCACACGCCGGUGCGGAUCGUGAUCAAGUCGGACGCGUUGCAUGACGGCAUCGCCGAGCUGGAGUGGGGCGGCGACACGGGCGCGCGCGCCCAGAAGGACAAGCGGCUCUGCCUCCGCGUCGCGCUUGACCCGCCGCAGCUCUCGCUGACGGCUCCCGGCCGCCGCCGCCGGCUCUCGCCCCACUGGACCGUUGCUCACCCGCGGCCGUUGCGGUGCGAGCAGGUGAGCUCGGUCGACUUGGGUUGCGAGAUGGCGUACCCACCGGAGAGCCUCGUCCACUUCGAGGCGGCCGAGGAGCUUGAGUUCGACUAUCGCUUCUCGCUCGUCCAUCUCGCGCUGCGCUCCAUCCGCGAGUCGGACGAGACGUGCCUCAAGAUCGACUCGCAAGGCGCGCGGCCCGAGGAGGGAUUCCCGAGCGACAUGGCGUCGUGCAGCAACGUCUUCCUCGAGUUUUACGUCUUCCCCCUCGUCGAUGACGAGCAGGUCGAGGCUGGCGGCUGA